AUGCCAGGACGCCUCCUCAACAAAGUGGCAAUUGUAACCGGCUCUUCCAGCGGGCUCGGCCGGGCAAUCGCCCUCGCCUAUGCCGCCGAGGGUGCGAAGGUUGUUUGCGCUGACCUCUCUUCCACGGCGCGCAAGGACGUCGUCAUCGAGAAAGAGCAGGGGAAGCCGACGUGCGAGGAGAUCAUUAAACUCGGCGGUGUCUCGAUCUUCUUUAUGGCGGAUGUUGGCAAUAGUAACGACCUUGAAUGCCUUGUGCGAGCGGCUGUCGCGAAGUACGGACGACUUGACAUCAUGGUCAAAAACGCAGGAGUUGCAGCCGCCGGCGCAGACGGUUUGAAGCUUGUCCACGAGCUGUCAGAUAAGGACUGGGACAAUAUGAUGCGGGUCAACUCUACCGGCGUCUUCUACGGCUGCCGUGCGGCUAUCAAGCAGAUGAUGACGCAGGACUUGCACCCAAGUGGUGAUAGAGGGUGGAUCAUCAACACCGCAAGCGUGGCCGGACUUGUUGGUUUCGUUGGAGCUGGCGCCUACUCCGCCUCGAAGGGCUCCGUAGUACAACUCACCAAAUCCAUCGCCCUCGAAUAUGCACCACACAAGAUCCACAGCAACUGUCUCUGUCCUGGAGUCGUGAACACCGCUCUGACCAAACAGCUCACGGAACACCCAGAAAUGCACGACCGUAUCGUUGGCAUGCACCCAUGGGGUCGCCUCGGCGAGCCACAAGACGUCGCUCGCGCUGCUGUCUUCCUGGCGAGCGAGGAUGCGGGAUGGAUCACCGGCGUUCCGCUUCCAGUGGAUGGCGGGUACCUCGCUCAGUAG